UGUUUUUAAUGCAUGUGCUAAACUUGCUAAUGAUCGAGCAAUGAAAAUUGGAAAAAAACUUCUUGAUAAUAUGCCUAAUGAUUAUCGAAAUAAUAAUAUUCUAUUAAAUUCAGCAAUAGAUAUGUUAAUGAAAUUUGGUGAUGUUCAAAGUGCUGAACGCAUAUUUGAUUCAAUCAAGAAGAAAAAUAUUAUUAGUUAUGGUGCUCUAAUGAAUGGUUACAACAUCAAUAGUAAACCAUGGAAAUGCUUUAAAAUUUUGGAAGAAAUGAAACAACAAGGUGUUGUUCUGGAUGAGCACGCAUGUAAUAUACUUAUUGGUACAUGUUCAAAAAUUGGUAUGAUUCGAGAAUGUCAGUACAUUAUUGAUCAAAUUCCUUUGCAUAUUCAAAAUCUGAAACAAAUACAAACUUCAUUGAUUCAUAUGUGGAGUAAAUGUGGUUCUAUUGAAAAGGCACAAAAUAUAUUUAAAUCAGUUCACAAUCAGGAUAUAAUGAUAUACAAUGCAAUGAUUAGUGGAUUUGGACUUAAUGGAAUGGGUCUUGAAGCUAUUGAAUUAUAUAGAAAAAUGCCGAAUGAAUUGCAAAAUGAAAUUACACAUAUUUGUGUAUUAAAUGCAUGUUCUCAUUCAGGUCUUCUUGAUCAAGCUCGAAAUAUCUUCAAUGAAAUUCCUUUGAAAACAGAAAAAAUCGUAACUGCUAUGACUGAUUGUUUAAGUCGUUUGUUUUUAUUUGAUGAAGCAGAAAAAUUGAUAGAUGAAUAUGAAAAGACAAAUUCACCAAGUUUUAUCAUGUAUUCGUGUUUAUUAUCUGGUGUACGUAAUAAUCGGAAUAAAAAAUUAUCUGAGAAGAUCUAUAAUCGAAUGAAAUCUUUGUUUCCUGAUGAAAAAGAAGGUCUUACAUCAAGUGUAAUUCUUGUAUCGAACCUAUAUUCAUCUGUUGGUGAACAUCAACAAGCAAAAGAAUUUCGAUUAAGUCAAAUAAAAGAAUUAGGAAAGAAAGUCAAAGCAGGUUUAUCAUGGACUGAUGGAAGUGGUGAAAUUGUGGCAUUUUUGGCUAAUGAUAAUUCUCAUCCUCAAUUAGCCGAAAUUCAUGAUGAAGUUAAUCGAAUGACAUCUGAAGUGAUAAAACUUGGUUACAAGUGCGAUUCUUCCUGGGUUACUCGUGAACUACGGGAAGAAGAAACAAUUGAAUCAGCUUUAGGUGGUCAUAGUGAAAGAUUGGCUUUAGCCUUUAAUUUUAUUCAAAGACCUGUUCCAGAUUUUAUUCAAAUCACCAAAAAUCUUCGUAUUUGUGGUGAUUGUCAUGAAUAUACAAAACUGAGUUGUGUUAUUGCUGAUGACGAUGAUGAUGAAGGAGCGGAAGAAGUCAAAUCAUUUCAGCGAAUGUUAGAUUAUUUAAAAGAAACAAAAGAUGUUGAAUAUUUUACUUCAUUAGCAACAUUAAUGGCUAAUUGUAGUGUAUUUGAUCUUGAUACAUUUGAACGUUGUAUUAAAGCUGAAGUACUUGGUGUUGGUUCGAAAGAAAUGGCUGGAGAAAAAAAUUUACAUGAUGCUGAUUUUAUAAUAUCACUUUUUCGUUUUUGUCAACUUUUAUGUGAAGGACAUAAUCUUGAAUUUCAAAAUUAUCUUCGUUUACAAAUUGGAAGUAGUACAAAUGUGAAUAUUAUUAUUUGUACUGUUGAUUAUUUACUUAGUUCACAAGAAUCAUUAAUGGAUUUUUAUUGGCAUUAUUCAGGCAAAGAAACAAUUGAUGCAUAUGGAAAAGAAAAUCUUUGUCGAGUUAUUAUUGUUGCUAAACAAGUUUUUAAUACAUUAACAGAAUAUAUUCAGGGUCCAUGUUCACAAAAUCAAUUAGCAUUAGCAAAUAGUCGUUUGUGGGAUGCAAUUGCUGGAUUUUUCUAUAUUUUUGCACAUAUGCAAAGAGAAUUAUCUCAAGAUCCAACACAAAUUGAAUUAUUACAUGAAUUUAUGAAAUUACAAAAAGAUAUGAUUAUUAUGUUAUUAUCAAUGCUUGAAGGCAAUGUUCUUAAUGGAUCAAAUUUAAUAACAUCUGAAGCUUUUCAAGAAUAUGAUAUAAAUAAAGAUGGAUUUAUUUCUCCAAAAGAAUUUCGUCGAGCUAUGGAAACACAAAAAGUCUAUACAAAUCAAGAUAUAGAUUAUAUAUUAAAUUGUGUUGAUAUAAAUCAAGAUGGAAAAAUUGAUUUUAUGGAAUUUACAGAACGUUUUCAUAAUCUAGCUAGAGAUAUUGGUUUUAAUAUGGCUAUUUUAUUAACAAAUUUAUCUGAACAUAUGCCACAUGAUAUACGUUUACAACGUUUAAUGGAUAAAGGAAAAAGUUUUCUAUCAUAUUUUCAAGAUCAUCUUGAUAGAAUUGAAAUAAAAGGUGGUGCUGAUUAUAUUGAACGUGAAUCGAAAAAAACAUUUUUACAUUUAGUUAUUAAUGAAACAGAUGAUAAAGAAAAAUUAGAACAAUUUAUUAACUUUUGUGAAGAUACUAUUUUUGAAAUGCAACAUGCAGUUGCUAUCAGUGGUGAAGAAGAUGAUCAAACAUAUCGAAGAGCAAAAUCUUCAAAUAUUGAAUCAAAUAUUGUUCAUCCACCAACAUGUAAACCUAUGAAAUUAGCUCUAUCAUAUUCUUGA